AUGUGCAUCCGCGAGCUAAAAAGUCUCGAUGAAGGUGUUCGUCGAUCCAUCCCAUGGUUCCAAUUAAUCGGUGACCGUGUCUACUCACUCGUAAUUGGCGCUUGUUUCUUUGCAUUUAAAUUUACCCUAUACGAAGAACUCUCUGCACUGAGUCGGCAACGCAUUCCUUUCAACGGCACCAAUACACAGCAACUUUUCUCCUUAUCUGGAGUCGCGAGCCUGUUACCAAUUGCUAUCCCAAAUUCAAGUGGUAGUGGUGGUGAUCUAGGAUUCAACAUCGUCUUCGCAUCUUUAAUUACCUGUCUUCAGCUCAUUUUUUUUUCAAUCUGUGCCAGAUCCUGUCAACGAAGAGAUACCUAA